GGGUCAGAGGUCAGAUGUAAGAGGUGAGAACUGCAUCUGUGGAUCUAGGCCUCCAAACGUAGAUUCCACUCAUAAGCAGUUGAUGGUUUAAUUCCCCGUCGCUCAAGUCCUUUAAGCCAGUCACAGCCCAUUCGGUUGUGAAUAAUUUCCAUGAACGUAGCAGAUGAGUUUUUACGUGUCUCCUGGAUCCUGGCAACGAAGAUGCCUGGUCGAUUUGUUCCAGCCCGGUCACGUUGUGAAGAUUUGUGCACCUAUGGUGCGAUAUUCAAAGUUGGCAUUUCGAUCACUUGUCAGAAAGUAUGACUGUGAACUGUGUUUUACCCCAAUGAUUGUUGCGUCUGCCUUCCUGAGAUCUGGCAAGGCUAGAGAUAGUGAAUUCACAACAAGUUGUGUUGACCGUCCUCUGGUUGUGCAGUUUGCUGCCAAUCGAUCACAGGAUCUAGCUGAUGCUGCCUGUAUAGUUUCUCCAUUUGCAGAUGGUGUUGACUUGAAUUGUGGUUGUCCACAAAGGUGGGCAAUGGCAGAAGGAUAUGGUGCUUGCCUAAUAAAUAAACCAGAAUUGGUUCAGGACAUGGUGCGUCAGGUCAGGAAUCAAGUAGAAUAUCCUAAUUUUUCAGUCUCAAUUAAAAUAAGAAUACACAAAGAUCUAGCAAGAACUGUUGAUCUAUGUCGAAAAGUUGAAGCAACUGGAAUCUCUUGGAUCACUGUUCAUGGCAGAACAACAGAGGAACGACAUCAACCAGUGCACUAUGAUACAAUCAAAAUUAUUAAGGAAAAUUUAAAUAUACCAGUAGUAGCAAAUGGAGACAUAAGGAGCCAUAAAGAUAUUGAUUAUGUGCAUGAGUUGACAGGAAUUGAUGGUGUAAUGGCUGCACGAGGCCUUUUAGCAAAUCCUGCUAUGUUUGCAGGAUAUGAAGAAACUCCUUUGCAGUGUGUUCGGGACUGGAUUGACAUUGCUUUGGAACACGGAACACCAUAUACUUGUUUCCAUCACCAUUUGAUGUACAUGUUAGAAAGAAUAACUUCAAAGCAAGAGAAGAAAAUCUUUAAUGCAUUAUCAAGUAUGUCAGCUGUUCUAGAUUAUCUCUCUGACAAUUAUGGUUUAUGAGAUUAUAAAAAAACUUAUGCCAUGUCUGCUCAAAGAUGUUAAAGGAUUUCAAAGGAAAUCAAAUUGCUGUAAUAUAUGAUAAGCAAACCUUUAGCAGGAAACAAGUUUUGAUGUUGUUUUGACCUGAAACUUUGACUGCCACUGAUAACAAAGAAGUUACUGUCUUCAAAUGUGCUAUUACAGGUAUAGUUCAAAUCACCUAGGAUUGUAAGGUGGCAAUUUGCCUUCUUAAUAGUUUUAAUAUCAACAAUCUCUUAAGUAAAAUUGAGGACUUCAGUCUUUCAAGACAUUUUAAAGUCAAAUCCACAGAUACUUAUUAAAUAAAAUUUUGUAUUUUACUGUUAGUUUUAAUUAUGCAAAAAUAAAUCCAGCUCUCCUGGCUCACAGAUAGGGAUACUUCCACUACAUCACAAGAAUCCUUUCACUGCAUCUUUAAUGUUGUUGAUGGGUUUCUCGCUAUGCAAUGGCAAGUUACUAAAUAAAAGGAUUUUAGCUUGUUAAAUGCCUUAUUCAUUGCUAACAUGCUUUGUUAAUAUUCAAACAUCUUAUCAAACAUCCAAACAAGAUUGACAUCAAGAAAUCUUGAUGUGGAAUUCUGAGCAGGUGCCUGGUGACUUUGCUCAUUACUUGUGCAGAGGACGUCCAUUGAUGGACACUGACUCCAACAUUAUGGGCUCUGGCCACAUGUACCCCAUUACACAUAUGACAUGUGCACCUUUGGGCACAGCAACAACUAUCACUGUCAUGCUGUAUCAAGAACAUUGUCCCCUUAGCAAAUCAUGCCCAGCUCAGGGACUGGAACCGGAGUCCCACUUGUGCACCACCUUAUCCAGCAAGACUCAAGGUCCCCUGCCCACAAAUUGGCCAUUAAAGAUAUUGCAGGUGAAAGAGUUGGUGGAUAUCUGUUGAGUGGUUAUUUCCGGAAAUGGCACAUGGUAAGAUGGGGUUAGAAUUUCACACAAGAGAUGCCAUAAGAAUAGGAUGAGUCAGUAAUGAGGCAAAUUUGAUAAGAUACAAUAAGAAAUCUCAUGGUGACAAUCUCUCCAAAAAUCUCAAUGCAGCUCAUACUCAGCCAAAAAUUGUACAAUUCAAAUGUUUUUUGUUCUUCCAUUUUGUGAAAAAUCUUGUGUAUUCCUCCUUGCAACUUUCUGUGCAUAGUCAUAAUUGAUCAAGAUAUGUAAGUUUAAAAUAUUGCCUAAGUAUUCAGGUGUUUUAGUAUUACUGUAUAUUUUAUUUCUUUAUAGCUAAGACUAUACACUUUUUUAAAUCAUUUUUAUCUAAGAGUUGCUAAAACUGACCCAGCUUUUCUGAUCAGUAUGAACGUCUGCUUCACUGAUUAACUAAAUAUCUAAAAUGGCUACCUCCAUUCAUGAAUCAAUGGAAUACAAAUUCAUUGUAUUGAAUAGGGAGAAUUCUGUACAUAAAAUCUGUUCCAAAGAUCUUGAACUAUUUCACACCAUGAAUAUUAUGCAAUGGAUUAACUGCCAUGUAUAAGUCUAGAAAGGUCCAAUUACUCCAGCAGAGCUUCACACUCAAUCACAUGUUAUGAUGUAGAAAGAUAGAAGGUAGUUAACUUUAGAUUUGUGUUUAAUAUUUGAAAAAAAAAUUCAGUACUCAGUCAUUUAUUGUAGAUUGAAAUGCCAGACAUUUUGCAGAAGAAAAGUAAACCUUUGAUGUACAUUAUCAUUGUCAAUGUCACAUGCACUUCUGUGGCUCUCCAAGUGUAAGGGACUGAAGCAGAAUACAUUUUGAGGUGUUUGUAUUGUGUUGGCAGGAGGUAAUUACAUUUGUUAAAAUGCAAUUUAAUUGUAAUACCAUGUUUUAAAUUAAGGGAGACCUUGUGGUAUUAUUGCUGAGCUAUUAGUGAAGAGAUUUCGGUAAUAUUCUAGGGACCCAGGUUCAAAUCCUACCAUGGAAAUCUGGAAUUAGAAGAGUAAUGAUCGUCAUGAAACUGUUGUCAAUUGUUAGGAAAAACCCAUCUGGUUCACUAGUAUCCUUUUAAGGAUGGAAAUCUGCCAUCCUUACCCAGUCUGGCCUACAUGUGACCAGACCCACAGCAGUGUGGUUGAUUCUUAACUCCUCUGGCAAGCAACCUGGCCCACAUCUUGUGAAUGAGAAGAAAAAUUAUUUUAAAAAUGAAUAUAGUAUUUCAACUAAAGAAUUUUAGAGGAAGUAUUUUCUUCUACUUGUAACAUUUUUUUAAAUCUUUUAACCGUUGGUCAGAAUUUUAAUUGUGUAUGAUUAUGUACGUAGACAAUCAGGUUUUUUUUGCAAAUAUAAUGGAAAAUUUGGUUGCUAUCUUUAAAUGUUUGUGAUUGCUUCACAGUAAGAGCUUCAGAUUGUAUUCUGUUUAUUAUUGAAACAAAAUUCCAGUUAAGUACAGAUGAAAAUAACGGGUCCAAUUUUAAUCACCUAUCAGCAGUAUUGGAACAAUAAGACAAGUUUUUGAAAACAAAUUUUGCAAUUUAACCUUCGUAAUAUCACAUUUAUUAUUGCAAAGAAAUAUUACAAUCUGUGUAUUGAAUAGGAAGUAAUGAAUUCCCAGUAACUCAAUUUUAAUUCACCUUCCCACUUUCACUAUAACCUCUCUGUACCAAGUAACCUUCGAUGUUCUGUGAAGCUUAUUAUAAUCCCUAGUCACAACAUCACAUAUUUCAAUUCAGCACAUUACGUCCUUGUUAAUUGACUAUGACUUUAAUAAUUUUAAACCAUAGCACGGCUUAGUUUUUAUUAGAUAGCAGGUACCAUUUACAGCUCUUAUUGAUCUGCCUUUGGUUCCUUCAAUCGUUCCAUUACCAUUUCUUUACUGUGCGUCAUUAUUCCAUUUGUCUUUUAAUCAUUCGUGCCUUCCACCUAUCAAAGACUAUUCCUUCUGGUUUUUCUUUUUACCUUCCUUACUCCCCACUUUCUUUCCCUGAACUCUGUACUUAUUCAAAACCUAUUACAUUUCUAACUUUGCCAGUUUCUUGGAAAUUCAAAGACCUGAAACACUGAGCACUAUUGAUGAUUAAAACAUUGAUUCCACCUAUAGAUGCUGUCUCAUCUGAGCACUUCUGGCAUUUCGUGUUUUUUUUAUAUAUCAGAUUUCAGCAUCAGCAAUACUCGCUGUUGUUUUGCCCAAUAUGAGGUCAUUGGGGCACAUUGGGACUUUGCUCUGUAUCUGAUUGUUAUUAGUCAUCCAUUGCAUAAUUUAAUAAAACACCAUUUCAGUCAACUUCAUAUGAAUAUUAUUUUUUUAGGAUGAUGCACCUCUGAACUUUACUGAAGUAGAAGAGUGAAAUAAUUUGUAAUUGUUUUGCUACACAUUUUGUAUAUUAACUUUGUUCAUUAUGUUUUAUGAAAUUGUGAUAUUUUUCUACUUUCCUAGCCAUUUCCCAAGGUUCAGAAUAACAUAAAGAAAAGAAAUCCAUGUCUUCGGAACUAAGUGAUGUCAUAAAUUAGAUACUACCUUUUCAAAUCUAGCUUGUAAUCCAAACUAACAAGAUAAUACUUCCUCUGUCAGCUGGCUGUAGAAAUUAAAAUAGAUCAAUUUCACCAGUCUAAAUCCAGUUUCUAAUGGGAAUGAGCAAUGUAUUACUGUCACUGCCUCCAUUUGUGCAAAGGAUGGUUGGUGUGGAAAAUGGGGGACAAAAUACCACACUGGUACAAUGGAGUGUGGAUUCUUCUGAGGUCAUUGGGGCACGAUGGAGAGGACUUUGUUGUGUAUCUGAUUGCUAUGCUUAACUUGUUGGUACAUAAAAUGAGAAAGUGAGGACUGCAGAUGCUGGAGAUCAGAGUCAAAAAGUGUGGCGCUGGAAAGCACAGGAGGUCAGGCAGCAUCUGAGAAGUAGGAAAAUCAACAUUUCGGGCAUAAGCCCUUCAUCAGGAAUUACUGGUACACAAUGCUGAUACUGAUCCCCUGAAUUGGAGGAUGUUCCAUUCCCCAGUAUUAACAUGCACAAAACAUCCUUUGAAUAUGUGAAGAGUCACCAGAGUUGCAUCCUUAACCCUGCUUUCAUUCCACAGAUGCUGCCAGACCUGCUGAGUUUCUCCAGCAAUUUGUUUUUGUCUCCAGUAUCUGCAGUUGUUUUUUUAAUAUUACUGUUCUUGACUAAGCAUUGAUAUUCCAAAGAAGAUAUUGACAUUGAGCUCAAUGUAAAACGAACUACAUUUUAUAAAAAGGUCAACUGUGUACAGGUUGAUUCAUAUAUCCAAACCUGAAAUUGUUGUCAUCUAUUAUUAAUGAUUCCUUAGAAUAACUGGGCAUUUGUUCUUGUGGUAAAUACCACUGCUUACACAAUUGUACAAAAUAGGAGAUUGGCUGUGAUAGUUGGGUAAUUAUUCAAGUGAACUAUAAAUACAAAUCCAAAAGAACCAUGUAGUUAACCUACUGUAUGUUAUAAUGUGAAAAUGAUUGUGCUUUAAGCUGCCACAAUUCAGAAGCUUAUAUUACCUGUAAAAGGUUUGAAGCUAUCGAUCUCAAUUACAAUU